AGUAGCUGCGUUAAGGAAUUAAGUCUCUGCACAAGUGAGCGUGUGAGCGAAAGUCAACUGGCUGAACAUGUGUCGUGGUAACGUUAUUGCGAAACAACAUCCGCAUUGUCUUACCAACUUCCCGGUAGGGUCGACGCGACGCAACGAUGGCAAGAAGGGUCGCGAUGAUGCGCGUGAAGGGUAAAGCAAGCGGAACAGAGCGGAGCGGAGUGGUCUCGCUGAUGCAGCGACUGGCAUGGCGUGCGGAGCAGAGAGUCGCGGAGGUACGUGUGGAGAAAGUGAGAGUCGUCGCGCCGGACCCGGGCACCUGCCCGCCCGACUCGCGGGUGGAAAAACACGGCGGUCGGCCGGCGCACCAUCUCGCACGACGCGACCUACCUAGAACACCUACCGUCGCGUCUGCGUCCCAGAUUCUUCGUUCAUUGCACUCCAACUUUCUUGCGGCUUCAGCUCCUCCAGAGCUGAAGCAUCCGCUUCUCUUCUCCUCCGCUCCACUCCGCCGUAAUCAUCGACGGCCCCGCCCCCGCCUCCGCACCCGCCUGGCCCACAUCGCGAAUCCUUCGCGACGCGUCCCACGCGUCUUGUCGACAAACACGGUCUUACCUAUCAACUGCAGCCAUGGAGGUAACGCGACCUCCCACAAGACCAGCUGAUGGCGAUUUGCAGGAGCCGGUCACCAAGCGGGAAAAAUCAGCCUCGCAUCUUGACAGUCUCCCGGAGGAGCUACUGGACAAUAUCGUCGAACGCUUGGACAACAAAGCACUCGGCUGCAUGAUACCCGUGUCGCGGAAGUUUCGACGAAUUGCUGAAUCGCACAGAUACCGGAGCUACUUUGACGAAAGGCAGGAACAUUCCCUUAGCUUGCUGUUAUUCCUCCGGAAAUUAAUUCAGCGUCCGGACCUUGCCGCAAUGAUACGCCGCGUCACCCUCUCCGGAUUUCGGCGUACAAGAAGUUUAUGGGACGAUUUACGUCCUCGAAUGACAACCCCGGAGAGAGAAAAUAUGCAAAGACUCUUCGACAAAGCCGCGAAGGACGUGUCGAUUGGAAUGCGACUCAAGCUGGCGCAAGGUGAAGAUAGUGCUUUCGUGGCGCUGUUUUUUUUUUUUUUUUUU